AUGGGGUCCGGUGCACUGCCUCUCAUUCUCCUGCUGAUGUCCUUCAUCCGCGCUGGACUCACUCAAGAGAGACCAAAACCUGUAGUGAAGGUGACUCCAGAUCAGCGUGUGUUCAGAGGAGAGACAGUCACUCUCACAUGUGACAUACAGCGAGCAGGAGACAUUCAGUGGAGAUACAGCUGGUUUAAAGAUGGAGACACUCGCAAUUCAUACAGAACAACAACAACAGCAGAGUUCAGUUUCACAGUUUAUGUGUCUAAUAGCGGUGAAUACAGCUGUAGAGGAGAGAGAUCAGACUCACAGAGAUCAGACAUCAGUGCUGCUGUUACACUGACUGUAUCAGAUUUACCCAGAUCUACACUGACUGUGACACCAGACAGACCUGUAUUCACUGGAGAGACAGUCAAUCUGACCUGUGUUAUAGAGUCUCACAGUGACUGGAGACGGAGAAAUGGACUGACAGAUGACAGGAGAUAUGACUGGACAUAUUACCAGACAUAUGAGUGGAGAUAUGAGUGGUAUAAAGACAGAGUAAUGUUACAGACGUCUGAUGGUUACACUGUAAACAGAGACACUCUCACUAUCAGAGGAGCUACUGAGUCUGAUCAGGGUCAGUACUGGUGUGGAGGACAGAGAGAUGAAAGACCAUCAUCCUCACAUUUCAGCACUAUUGUUUCUUUCUCUGUGAAAGCUUUACCCAGAUCUACACUGACUGUGACACCAGACAGUCCUGUAUUCACUGGAGAGACAGUCAAUCUGACCUGUGUUAUAGAGUCUCACAGUGACUGGAGAUAUCAGUGGUAUAAAGACGGUGUAAUGUUGCAGACGUCUGAUCGUUACACUGUAAACAGAGACACUCUCACUAUCAGAGGAGCGAAUGAGUCUGAUCAGGGUCAGUACUGGUGUAAAGGACAGAUAAGAUCAGUCUCAUCACAAUCAAGCUCUGCUGUUUCUCUCUCUGUUAAAGAUUUACCCACAUCUACAGUGAUUGUGACACCAAAGACUAAUAUAUUCACCGGAGAGACAGUCAAUCUGACGUGUGUUAUAGAGUCUAAUCACAGUGACUGGAGAUAUGAGUGGUUUAAAGGUGGAAACAACAGUGUAAUGUUACAGUCGUCUGAUGGUUACACUGUAAACAGAGACACUCUCACUAUCAGAGGAGCUACUGAGUCUGAUCAGGGUCAGUACUGGUGUAGAGGACAGAGAGAUGAAAGACCACAAUCAUCACAGGACAGUAACCGAAUAAAUCUGUCUGUUAAUGCAGCUUCAUCUCUUCUUCUGGUCACUGGAGUGGUUUUGGGAUUGAGUGUUUGCUUGUUGUUCUUCAUCUCACUGCUGCUGCUGCUGUGGAGAUACAAGAAGAACAAAGAUCAGCAGCGUAACAUUAACCAGACAUCAGUCCCAAAUCAAUCUGGAGAAUCUCAACCAGAAAACUCUCCUCUACAAUCUGCAGAUCCUAAUCACAUUUAUGAUGACGUGACUGAAGUGAAGAAGAGACACAAAGAUGAUCCAGAGUCAUAUUGGGAGGUCACAUAUUCAGAGGUCACUGUUCAGAAAGAGAUAUCUGUGGAUAAAGAUGAUCCCGUGGCAGAGUCAAAUGAAGUGACAUACUCAGAAGUCAGAACAAAAGUAAAGAAAUGCAAAAGCAAAGAUGCUGAUGCUGGAGUUGGUGAUGCAACUUAUGCUCUUAUUAGGAAGAAGGGUAACCAAAAAUAAAAUAAAACAAUAAUUCUGUUAUAAUUGUACAAUAAUUUUAUAAUACAGUGAGGAA